GCUUUGAAGGUUGAGAUAGGAUGGCAAGAUGAUCGCAACACAACGUAUGGAUGUUACGGAUACCUCAUCAGUACUCGUGGUGUUGUUUCAUCUGCAUCAUGUUUGUUGGAAAGAGGCGGGAUGCCGAACAUUGCGCGUAUAGGAGGAAUCGAUUCAUUGGACAUCUCACGCGUUAUUCCUAUAGAUAAAGUGACCAUUCAUCCAAAUUAUAAUCCGACAAAACAACAGCACAACAUAGCAAUGAUCAAACUGGAAUCGGCCGUCGAACCAACUGAAAGCGUUUUCCCUACGUGUCUUUGGCAGAAUGUUACCCACUCGCCGAUCAAGCAGAGUGUUUUGGAUUUAGCUUCCAGACGAUAUGAUCCCAUGCAUCCAAUGUACAAGAGUGACUGUGAGGCUCUUUUGAAUGGUACAUUCGAUGAACCUGAAACAAUCUGCAUGAAUCCAGGAAUAACUCCCUACGAAAGCCAACUUUACCACUACGAUUUACAAAUACAAUACAGAAGUGGUUCUGUAUCCAAACGCUGCUACAAAGCUGGAAGUCCGAUCGUAUGGAGAAAGGCGCUGAAUGACACUGUUUACGUAGAAUAUCUCGUGCACCUUUAUAGUCAUGGAAGUUGCGAAUCCAACAUCCCGCGCGUAGUGGCUCGUGUUGCUGCGUACAUCGAGUGGUUCAAGGAAGUGUUGCAGUACUGAUGAUUGGUUACAGUGCGUUUAUUGAAUGAAAUUAUUCAACAAAAUUGUUACUUUCUUCGCAUUUCGAUCCUCGUUCGAAAUCGGCUAGAUCCCGGCGUUUCCUGGCUUGAUUGACAUCAAAUCCUGUCAUUCAAAUGUGCAGUCCUACUGCUUCGCCUAUGCUUUGAUCUGUAUCAUGGCUGAUGUAGAGCAAAUGUAAAGUAAAGCAAUCAGUUCUCUCUUCCCAAUAUUGCUGUUGAUUUUUUUUUGUAAAUUAUUCCACACAAUAUACACAAGACCACACAAAAAUGAUAAAAAAUACCGUAAUCAAAGUGAUCAAAUUUCAAAUGAUCACAUUCAAAAUGAUCAAAUUACAAAUGAUCACAUCAAACGAUUCACAUCCGUUUCGAUUCGUUCCCGUUGAUCCUUCUCCAAGUGAUGCAUGCACGAUCAUUGGUAUAAUAGAAUGCAGAAAUGUAAAAGAAUCUCCCAACCAGUUCUAAAUUAUUACUCAACACAUGUGGAACCAGACAUAUUCUACUACUUUUUUUUAUACUUUUUCGUACAUAAAAUUGCAUAAUGCUGAACCAAACUUGUUUUGGUUUUGGUCGUUUUGGAGGAACCGGUUAUAUAUGCAAAUAUAUAUUUGAUGCAUAAAAUGUCCAUCCAGUACGCUUCGUAGCAGGCAGCGUUUUAAUCAAAGAGUCAUUCAAGUUUCAAUUUGUAUGUGGUGAAGAUGCUCGGUGCAUCGGUGAUCCUAGGUGUUGUGGUUGUUGUUGCGUCAUUAGCACAAAGUGAUGAUGAUAUCAACCAGUUUUUUCCCUUCCAAAGACAGACGAUUGAUGAUUGUGGUGAGCGGUUUAAUUAUAAAAUUUUCGACAGAUAUAUUGCACCAUCAGGAGGAAAGCCUGCUUACUUGCGCGAGUUUGCCCACAUUGCCGCCAUCGGUUGGACCAAUGAAGAUCAAAGUGUGCGAUGGUUGUGUGGAGGAUCGUUGAUCUGGGAAAACUUCAUCCUUACCGCGGCCCAUUGCGCAGCUGACGAUAACAAUGUUCCACCAGAUGUAGCUCGUAUGGGAGAUAUCAACAUCUACAGCGACGAAGACGAUGAGUUUGCGCAACAAUUGAAGAUAGUGGAUAUCAUUCGCCACCCAAUGCAUCGAUUUAGCUCGACGUAUUACGAUAUAGCGCUCAUGAAGCUGGAGCGAAAUGUCACCGUUCAUGACACGGUAGCACCGACCUGUCUUUGGCUAGACGAUGAGAUACGCUUCCCCGAGCUGUUGGCGGCUGGCUGGGGCAGAACAGGAUUCGGGGAGGAUACAACAAAGACCCUAUUGAAGGUGCAACUCGCUCCGAUCGACAACGAAAAGUGUUCGACAUACUACAACAAAGGCGAUCGUGUGCUGCGAGACGGCCUAAUGGAACAUCAGCUCUGUGCAGGAGACGAAAAGAUGGACACUUGCCCUGGAGACUCCGGUGGACCACUGCACGUAAAACUGUUCGAUGGUUGGAAAUUAACUCCAUUCCUGGUAGGAGUGACUUCAUUUGGGAAAGCCUGCGGUGUAUCAGCGCCCGGUGUAUACGUGAAGGUUUCGAAGUUCAGUGAUUGGAUCAUUGAAACACUUCAACAUCACGGUGAAAUGGCCACACGUUUCAUGUUUGAGCCGUUGGUUUGUGCUCGUCGUUAUAACAAUUUGCGCGAAUACAAAGAAAACUUGGUGUAUAAAGUGAAUUUACAGGAAUAUAUAGAGUGGUCGAACAUUUACGUCAGUAGCAGUACAAGCAAUUUUACCGUUAAAUUAAGUAGGCAGUACACAAAUGAUUCAGUUAGUAGCAAUUGCUCCGGAACACUGAUCGAACCGAAUGUUGUGUUAACUACAGCAGAAUGUGUUCUUGACGAGAGAGCAAAACCAACGCAUGUUGUACUGGCGAAUGGAAAAAUGAUCGAGGUGUCGGAAAUCAUCGUCCAUCCGUCGUACAAUUCUUCUAUUUCUCCGUUCUAUAACAAUAUCGCUGUCGUGAAGCUGACAUCGUUUGCUCCGAUUAUACCGUUUUGUGGAUGGUAUGGAGAUCCCAAACCAGGACGGAAGUUAUUAAUUACUGGACAACAACUUAUACCGAAUGAGGAAUCCAAUGACCAUACUGAAAUCAUGACUCGAGUCUGGGAACGAUCCUUUCAAAAGUGUCGGCUAGCUCAGAAGUACUCCGAUCUCCUUCCGCAAGGAUUGCAAAACGAGCAUUUGUGCUUUCAGAAUCAGCCUUUUCUUGUCCCUGGCUCGUGUAACGCAAUGUCAGGCAGCACAAUCGAACAAGAAUACGGCGACGAAAAGAUUUAUAUUCAUGGAAUCAAUUUAUUUGGCCGAGAUUGUGGUUACGGUGAGCCGGCUGUAGGUAUACGGCUCAUUGCACACAAAGCAUGGCUUGAAUCGGUACUCCUUCCACACUUAAAAAGCGAGUCACUUGUGUAUAUUGAUCCUGAUCUGGAACUUGGCGACGAGUGCGAGUAUGCCGAUGGGACGAAAGGCAUUUGCGUUGCUAAACAAAGCUGUCCAGCUAUUCACACACGACUGCAGUACAAACAACAGAUUUCUUUCUGCUCAAAUGCGACUGUUGUUUGUUGUUCUAACAAAGCUACCAAUCCUCGAAUGAUGGCAAUAGAAAACGAAUUCAACGAGUGUGAGGAGCGCUAUCGUCAUUUACGAACUGAUCAACAUAAUGAAAGAUCGCAUGCCGUUGAAGUAGGAUGGCAAGAUGAUCGCAACACAACGUAUGGAUGUUACGGAUACCUCAUCAGUACACGUGGUGUUGUAUCGUCGGCAUCCUGCUUGUUGAAAAGAGCUGAUCUACCGAACAUUGUACGCAUAGGAGGAUUCGAUUCUUUGGACAAUUCGCGUGUUAUUCCUAUUGAACGUGUGAUCAUCCAUCCCAACUACGAGAAGGCAAAACAACAGCACAAUAUAGCAAUAGUGAGACUGGAAACAGCAGUGGAUCCAACGGAAAACGCAUUUCCUACGUGUCUUUGGCAGAACAUUACUCAUUCGCCGAAAAACCAGAUAGUAAUGGAUUUAGCAUCUAGUUCCAUCGAUCUUCUUAAUCCUUUGUAUAAAAGUGACUGCGAAGCUCUUUUGAAUCGUACGUUCGAUGAGCAUUAUACCCUCUGCAUGAUAUCCGGACUUCGAAUGUUCAACGCCCUGCAGUAUCAUGAUGAUUUACAAAUGCACUUUGAACCAUUGGAUGUUAUCUCAAACAACUACCUGGAAGCUGGAAGUCCGAUCGUAUGGAGAAAUCGUUUGAAUGACGUAAAUUAUCUCGUACACAUGUACAGCCACGGUAGCUGCGAUCUCAACAUACCGUGCAUAGUGACCCGUAUUACCCCGUACAUCGAGUGGUUCAAGGAAGUACUGCAGUAAACUGCAGUUUGCAAAGUGGAACAAGUGCAAGUGCAGGAAGUGGAACAGAUGUACUGAUGAAUUAAUCAU